AUGCCGCCAUUCCUCAACUCAAAAUUCCCCCCUCCUCUCUCCCGCACCCUUCCCCUGACCUCUUUACAGGCGCGUGAGGAACUAUACGCUCCCAAUAACUAUCCUGUUUCAAGCCCCUCGUCUCUAACUGAUUACCGUCUCGAACGCUUCAACCCUUCGUCCGUUCGACCAAUCAUGACGCUUCCAUCCAUCAGCGUUCCCAAGAUGCCUCGUGCUGCCAGCGAGCUCCUAAGCGGCUCCUAUUUCGGCAGCCGAAGCGCGCGCGAGAGCCUUCCGACGCUCAGCAGCCAGAGCAGCAGCCUAUCGGAGCGAAGCCAAUCGGCGCGCAGCGAGCCGGCGCUGAGCAGCGGCGGAGAGAUGGCGGAGCUUGAGUACCAAAACUCCGCCGGGGGGAAGGCGCAAGGGGGAGGAGAGGCGGAGAGCGGAAAGGCGGCGCAGCAGAAGCAGCAGUGGGGCGCGUGGCACGCGCAGGUGCAACAGCUGUGGGGAAGCAGCAGUCAGCUGCUGGCGCGGUACACGAGCGGCGGGAAGGUGGCGUCGCUUGAGAACAACUGCGCCUUGCAGAGCGCGUGGAACCCCGUGGAAGGGGAAUCCGACCAACCACAGCACGUCGUGAUCUACAUCUGCGAAUCGUGA